UGGCUGGCGGGAAGCUUAAAGCAGGCUGGGGCAGCCCGUGUGCUGGCGCUCGGUGCCUGCGGACCCCGCCGCCAUGUCCACCCCCGCCAAGCGGCACUGCCGCAGCCCUGCCGACUCCCUCAACUCCAGCUUCCAGAAGCGCCUCAGGAAGAUCUCCAUCGAGGGGAACAUCGCUGCAGGAAAGUCUACAUUUGUCAGGCUACUAGAGAAGCACAGUGAUGAGUGGGAGGUAAUCCCUGAGCCUAUCGCCAAGUGGUGCAACAUUCAGACAGCUGAGGAUGAGUACGAGGAACUUUCAACAUCGCAGAAGAGUGGAGGAAAUCUACUAAAAAUGUUGUAUGAUAAACCCACAAGAUGGGCUUACACAUUUCAGACUUAUGCUUGCUUGAGCCGUGUAAGGGCACAAUUAAAACCCAUCUCAGCCAAGCUACAUGAAGCAGAACACCCAGUGCAGUUUUUUGAAAGAUCAGUAUACAGUGACAGAUAUGUCUUUGCUUCAAAUCUGUUUGAAUCUGGAAACAUCAAUGAAACAGAGUGGGCUAUUUAUCAGGACUGGCACACAUGGCUUUUGAACCAGUUUGAAUCUGAUAUAGAACUGGAUGGCAUGAUCUACCUAAGAACCACACCUGAGAAAUGUAUGGAAAGGCUGCAGACGAGGGGAAGAGAAGAGGAGCAAGGAAUUGAGCUCGAAUAUUUGGAAAACCUCCACUAUAAACAUGAAGCCUGGCUUCAUGAAAGGACUAUGAGAGUUGAUUUUGAGAACCUUAGAGAGAUUCCCAUUCUAGUUUUGGAUGUUAAUGAAGAUUUUAAGAAUGACAAGAUUAAACAGGAAUACCUGAUGGAUAAGGUCAAGUCUUUUUUGACUUUAAUUUAAAGAUUAAGAUCAGCGAAAGUAACCAGUUCCAGAAGUUCAAGAAGAGUUAAACCGAAGAUUGGUGUGUGCUGAGGCAAUUUACUUAAAGCUAACUGAAUGUAUUAUCUGUAUAGCUUAUUAAGGAUUUUCCUGAAAGGAAAUGUGCAAAAUGGGUAUCUAUUUUUGGCUUGUAUGAACCGAGUAAUCUUGACAGAAUUCUUUGUGUAGUUUAAAGGGGAAAAAAAGGGGGCUGCUUUAAAAAAAAAAAAGUACUUGACUUCCUGUAUAUGCAUUGCUUUUUUUAAUAAAGAUUUUAAAUUAAAAUGGACAA